CCUGGCAGCCCUCACACACACACGCACGCUCGGCUCAUGUAUGCACCUCGUCUUCCUCAGACGACCAGACCAGCACCAACUCCCUUUCUGCCUUUGCCUUUCACUGCUCACCAUUUCCCGUCGCUCUCUCCUCCCCUCGUCGUUCACCUCAGACUACCUUUGCAGAAAGGAAAGAAAGGCACCACGAACCCAACCCAACACCACCACCAAAAACGCACAAAAGCGAGCGCAAAGAAAGCAGCGAGACAUCAGAUCAGGUCGGCCGAGCCAACGCGCCAAGCGAGAGCUCCUGCCAGUGCCACUGCCCUCGCCCUGCAAAACCUCCGCCCAGGCGCUCGCAAAGUGCGGAGCCGCUCCUCGAUCUCCUCCCCUCACCGUCUUUUUCUCCUCUCCUCUCCUCUCCUCUCCUCUCUCUCCCUCCCAGCCACCUCCCGCGCGCGCGCUUACUCUCUCCAGGGCGUCUACAAACCCAGCUACGUCCCGUCAGCCUACGUAAACUGCGUGGACGCGCGCGCGCCGCCAUGUCGUCGUCGGCGGCUGGCGGGUACGGGGGCGGCGCCGAGCACCAGCAUCAGCACCAGCACCAGCACCAGCACCAGCACCAGCUGCUGCUCGGUCAGGCCGCGGCGGGGCAGCUCUACCACGUGCCGCAGCACAGCCGGCGCGAGAAGCUGCGGUUCCCACCGGACCCGGCGGAAUCCUCGUCGCCCACGCCCGGCUCCUGGCCGCCGCCCUUCUACUCCUACGCGUCCUCCUCCUCCUCCUACUCGCCGCACAGCCCCACGCUGGCGCACGCCCACGCCCAGCUUUUACCGCAAGGCAUGCCAGGAGGAUCCCAGAUCCCGAGCCACAACUUUGGGCUCUCGCUCUCCUCCUCAUCCUCGAACCCUCCGCCCCAGCCGCGGAGGCACCUCGGCGGCGCCGGGGUCGCCACCGGGCCGUACGGGCCCUUCACGGGCUACGCGGCCGUGCUCAACCGCUCUAGGUUCCUGGGCCCCGCGCAGAAGCUGCUCGAGGAGAUCUGCGACGUCGGCGGCCGCCCCGCGCAGCUGGACCGCUGCUCCGACGACGGGUUGCUCGACUUGGACGCCAUGGACGCGGCCGGCGACGUCGGGCAUGAGAUGGACAGCAGCGACCGCGCUGCCGCCGAGGCGGUCACGGUGUCCGGCGCCGAGCAGCAGUGGAGGAAGACUAGGCUCAUCUCGCUCAUGGAAGAAGUUUGCAAGCGCUACAAGCAAUACUACCAGCAGCUUCAAGCGGUGAUCACCUCAUUUGAGACGGUCGCCGGGCUGAGCAACGCCGCUCCCUUCGCUUCCAUCGCUCUCCGGACCAUGUCCAAGCACUUCAAGUAUCUGAAGAGCACGAUACAGAGCCAGCUGCGCAACACAAGCAGCAAGGCCGCCUCUGGGAAAGAUGGCCUUGGCAAGGAAGAGAUGGCGAACUUCGGGCUCAUGGGAGGCGGCGCCGCCCUUCUGAGGGGAACCAACGCCAAUGCGUUCAGCCAGCCGCACAACAUCUGGCGACCACAGAGGGGGCUCCCUGAGCGUGCCGUGUCGGUUCUUCGAGCCUGGCUGUUCGAGCACUUCUUGCACCCGUAUCCAACUGAUAGCGACAAGCAGAUGUUGGCUAAACAGACAGGUUUAACAAGGAACCAGGUCUCAAACUGGUUUAUCAAUGCAAGGGUUCGACUCUGGAAGCCAAUGGUGGAAGAAAUUCACAACCUGGAGAUGCGGCAGGGGCACAAGAACUCCUCCACUGACAAGAGUCAGCUCGGUGUGCGGCAGCAAACCCAGCAUUCCCCAGACAGCAGCGGGAGGCCGCCAUCUGAUCCUUCAAACUCGCAGAAAGGGCAAAGCAGCAGCAUGACACGGAAUCAUAGCGCGCACGCCUCCCGGCACAUCCAGAACGAGCUGUCCCCGAUGACCCAGGACAUGCCGGGACAGGUGAGCUUCGCAUACAACAGCGGCCUGGCUGCUCAUCACCACCACCACCACAACAUUGCAAUGUCACACCCACAGCAGGUUGAAGGGGUUGGCGGGGCUGGAAGUAGCAGCGGUGUCUCCCUCACCCUUGGCCUUCACCAGAACAACAACCGGGCCUACAUCGCCGAGCCCCUUCCAGCUGCGCUCCCGCUCAACCUCGCACACCGUUUCGGGCUGGAGGAUGUCAGCGACGCCUACGCCAUGGCCUCGUUUGGAGGACAGGACCGGCACUUCACCAAGGAGAUCGGUGGCCAUUUGCUCCAUGACUUCGUCGGGUGAGACGGACAGAUGAUUGCUUGAUUGCUGGGCACAUCAGUGUCCAGAAGAAGAAGAUGAUGAUAUGGUCCACAUGUAUUGUACUACUAGAGGUAGGACGAUGAAGAAAAGGGUGCCAUGGUAUAUAUGCCUCUCGUGUACUCCUGGAAUGCUGUCAAUAUUCGACACAACUGGGUGCUAUGGAGAGCAUGCACAGAUGCACCUUUAAAAGACCUGUAGUAGAAGCUCCUUAUUUGUUCUGAUCCUAGAUUAAGCUGGCUUAACCCUGUAAUCCCAUUGACUUUCAUAUGCGCGAGCUCCCCCAUGGCGGCAAAAUAAAGGGUGCUCCAUUUAUUAAUUA